UCUCCCAAAAAAAAUCCAAACUCCCGACGCAGCCCUAAUCGCCAUCGUGCUCCCGGUGAACGCCUCCCCGGUUCGUCCCAAUUUGCUCCAUGGCGGAUCGGAGCGCGGCGGCGGCGGCGGCGGCGAAGCCCAUAUGGAUCAAGCAGGCGGAGGAGGCCAAAAUCAAGAGCGAGGCCGAGAAGACAGCCGCCGCCAAGGCCGCCUUCGAUGCCACCUUCAAAGCUCUCGAGAAGGCGAAGGACAAGGAGGAGUCCGAGAGGGAGUCAUCUGACAGCGACGCGGACGAUCCGGAGGACCUCGCGACCAAGCCGAUCGGGCCGGUGGAUCCCUCCAAGUGCAUCGCGGCCGGUCCAGGGAUCGCUGGAGGCACCGCCUGCGCGUCUUGCACCUUCACUGUCGUGACGAAAGAUUCCGACAGCAGGAAGGUCCCCAUUGGAGGAGCCCAACUGAAUGUAAAGAUCUCGCCUGGUGUUGGAGUUGGGAGCUCAGAUCAGGAAGGUAUGGUCAAGGAUCAGGGGGAUGGGAGCUACGCCGUGACUUACGCUGUUCCCAAACGCGGCAACUACAUGGUCCAUGUUGAUUGCAAUGGAAAGCCGAUCAUGGGAAGUCCGUUCCCGGUUUUCUUUAGUGCUGGCACCACAAUUGGCACAGCGAGCUUGCCGGCCGUGUCCCCUUACCCCAAUAUGGUCAAUCAGUCGAUGCCCAACAUGCCAAAUUAUGCUGGGUCGGUGUCUGGAGCAUUCUCAGGGCUGCUAGGCAUGACAGCUGGUGUUUCAUCAGGGUCCUCUGCAGGAGUGGUCUUGCAGGGCAUUGGCGCAUCACUGGGGGAGAUUUGCCGUGAAUACUUGAAUGGACAGUGCUCUAAAACAGAAUGCAAGCUCAAUCACCCACCACAUAACCUAUUGAUGACUGCAUUGUCAGCCGCUUCUACAAUGGGAACAUUGAGUCAGGCACCUAUGGCACCCUCAGCAGCAGCUAUGGCUGCUGCUCAAGCAAUUGUCGCUGCUCGUAUUCUUGGAGCUCAUGCUGCCCAGAUGCAGACCCAAUCUUCUGGCCUUACUCCAGGCUCACGUGAUGAGACUACCAAAGCCGAUGCUUUGAAGAAAACGAUACAAGUCAGUAACCUUAGUCCGCUUCUUACAGCCGACCUCCUUAAACAUCUUUUUGGUUACUGUGGAUCUGUUGUUGAUUGUACCAUCACAGAAUCCAAACAUUUUGCUUAUAUAGAAUACUCUAAAGCAGAAGAAGCAACUGCAGCUUUGGCACUGAACAACGUGUUAGUAGGGGAACGCCCAUUGAAUGUUGAGAUGGCAAACUCCCUCCCUUCAAAGUCUUCCCUUGUAAAUUCAUCAUUAUCUUCAGUUAUGCAGCAAGCUGUUGCCAUGCAACAGAUGCAAUUUCGACAGGCGUUAAAGAUGCAACAAGAAAUGACUACACAACAGGCGGCUGCUAGAGUAGCUACUAUGAAAUCUGCAACAGAGAUGGCAUCAGCAAGGGCAGCUGAAAUCAGUAUGAAAUUAAAAGCGGAUGGUUUAGUUACUGAUGCCCCAGAAGUCAUGAAGUCAAGGUCUCCAUCUAUUCAUCGUCAAUCCAAGUCUCGAUCAAGAUCACCCAUCAAAUACCGAAGAAGUAGGUAUUCUUUCUCGCCUCUGGCUAGAUAUCACCGAGAACGAAGAUCAAGAUCACCCAUUAGAUCACGCCAUUCACGUCAAAAUGAAAGAACAUAUAGAGAUGGUCGAGAUCUCUAUAGUAGAAGACGAGAAAGGGAAAGAUCCCGUGAUCAUUAUUCUAGCUCAAGGAGAAACAGAAGUAGGAGUUCAAGUCCUGUGGAAAGAAAGUCAUCUCGAGCUGAACAUCGUUCACUCAAGCAUCACAGAGAAGGCACUAGUUCCAGGGCAAAGAGGUCAUCUCGAGCUGGUUCAAGAUCGCCCAGGUUUCAAAAAUCAAAUGGAUCUCCAGUGCAGCAACAUUCUUCCUCCCAUCGCAAUAGGCAUUCUAGAUCUAGAUCCAUGGAGCGAAGACAUCAUUCAGAUAAAAAGGAUGCUAAAAGGAAAACUGAAAAGAUGAAGCAAGAUGAUAGAACUCUAGACAAAGGCAAUGAACCAUUCAUAGAUGGAAAAAGGACAAGGGACUCCAAGGAAGAUAAGGUUGCAAUAUAUUCAGCUGCUAAGCGGAGGUCCUUGUCGCCUGAGGAUGAUCUGCCAUCAAAAGAAAGAGGUACUAAUAAGCACAAAAGGUCUAGAUUAAAUGAUAUCCAUUCUGAGAAAGCUGGCACAAUGAAUAGUGAUGAGGGGAUAGCUGGGGAGGACUUAGAUGCAAUCAGAGAUAAGAGAUCUGCACAUUUUUCAAAUUCAAAACAGCAUGGAAGAAUGGAAUCUGAUGUGAAUAAUAAGCAGUCUGAAAAUCAAGAUUCAAGCAAGUCUAUCAGUUCAUGUCAUAAGAAGCAUGACAAAAUAAAUUUUGCUAUAAUGGAAAAGGAAACUCUAACUAUUGAUUCCACAUACUCAAGGGAUGAUAAAAAAUCGUCAUAUCAUUUGAGUUCAAGUUCUUACAAAAGUGCACGAUGUGCAGAUGAAUUCCUCAAGUCUGAAGCAGAUCAGAACAAAGUGGAAAUGCACGAGGAACCUCUAUCUAGGAAAUCUCAAAUUUCUGAUGACAUACAGAAGAUGACUGAUAAUCUCUCUGGAACGGAGCCUUAUAAUUCAAAUGCUCUUUCAAUCGAAGAGAGAUUCCCGAAGGAUUCUACUGGAGAUAGGAAUUAUCUAGAUAGCACAUCCAGUGGAAUGAAUGAGGAUUAUAGUGUUAAUAAUGUAACUUUUAAAGUAAUAGUAGUCAAUAAGGAUCCUGAUGAUGACACUAAGAUCAAAGAGAGGAAGCACCUAGUACCAAAAUUUGAGACAUAUUCCAUAAAAAAUGAGAAUGCUGUGGAAGAUCCAGUAGAUGCAAAUAAUGCUGGUCAGAUGCAAAAAACUGAUUUAUGUUUCAAAUAUCAUCAAAAUUUUGAUCACAGAUCAGUACACAAUGGAGGUGACGUUUCACCAACCAGAGCAGACUUUACUGCUAGGAAGAAUGAUUGUGCUAUUUCAUUCCCUGAUGAACCAAAAAAGGAUGGCUCUAGUCUGAAAUCAGACUAUCAUAAUAUAAGUCAUGGGUUAUUAGGCGUUGAAGAAACCAAUCUUGUCAACUCCAGAAUUAUUAAUUGCACUACUGAUGAAGAGGAUUUGGCUAACAUUGAAGAUACUUCUAUUACUGUUGAUAAUUCUGCUGCCCGUAUCCCAAAGAAAGGUUUUGGAGGUUACAGUACAAUUUCCAAAGGUGUUUAUUGUGCACAACAAAAUUCUGUUGCUGAUAGCUCUGUCAGUGAUCGCAUUUCUGCUGAUAAGGUUUCAGACUUGUCCAAUGAGAUCUGGAAAAUUAAAGAUUCGACUACUGUGGAUUCCCCAGCACACUCAUCCUCACCAUAGAACCUUUAUCCUGGACCUCAAGAAUUCUGCUGUGACUUCUUAGUACCCAUUAUUUUUUUUCCUGAUCCAGGAGUUUUAUUUGCAGGAGAAGAUGGUAGCUACUUGCAUGCUUGGCAAAGAUCUUUGGCUGUGGGGCCCUGCAUGACCUUCAAGAGAUUUUUUUAACAGGACCAAAGAUGAAGCAUUGAAUGGAGUGAAAUCUAUGUUCUAUUUCGAAGUUCUUGUUAUGACACUUCCAUUGCUUCGAAUCAGCAUGUGUUUUAUCUUUGCAGGUGUUCAAUUCCUGGAACACUGGCGCAUAUCGGGUAGGUGUCACCUAAAUCAAGGAUAUUCCUAUUCCUAGGUUUUAUAUUGUUCUGUGUAGCUAAGUGUGCUUAUUGUAUGACUAUAUUUCUUACUCUAGAUGGUAAAUGAUAUCACUUAAUAUCUUGAUUAUCUAA